GGGGCAGAGCCCGGCGGGCGGCGGGGCGGCCCCGCUCCCCGUGAAGAGGCGGUGCGGCAGGGCAGCGGCUGCCGCCAUGCAGCCCUUGCACCGGGCCCUGGCGUUGCUGCUGCUGCUGCUUCUGGCCGCCGGGACCUUGUGCCUCUGCCUCGCCUCCUCGGAGGACCCAACUGCCGAUGGCCUCACGUCAACCUCCCUGCUGGAAUUUGCUAUGAUGUCCCACCUGGAGGCCAUGAAUUCCCACGAGCAAACCCGACCAGAGGCUGCAGAGCCAGAUCUUGCCCCUGGCUCCCUGCAUGCUGCUCCAGGGUCAGGCUUUGCCAGUGAGGAGAAUGAGGAGUCCAAGAUCUUGCAGCCUCCACAGUACUUCUGGGAAGAUGGGGGAGAGCUCAACGACUCCAGCCUGGACUUGGGACCAGCAACAGAUUAUACCUUUCCUGCUUCGUCUCAGAAGGCAUUGCCGAAACAAAAUGGGACACAAGCAGACAACUGGGAAAUGGCCACUGUCCAGCCACCAGCAGAAUUUGUGGAGCCUGACUUACACACUCCUUUCUCCACACUAGAGGAAGAGGAGGGGCUGCUCCCUAUUGACCACUCAAGAGGAGGAAUGGAGAGCCUCCAGACCUCUGGGCCAGAGCUUACAUCUUCUGAACCAGUGGACCAAGAGGACUCCUUCUCCCUUCCGUUUUCCACAGCCUCUGCCAGGCCGGGUGUUGUGACUGAGGCAGCCAUAGGAGGGCAAGAAGAGGACUCUGUUUCUCCAGGCUUAGACCUUGGGAGCAGCAUGGGACCAGGUCUCCUACCUGUGCCCUCUACUUUUUCUACUACAGUUGCUGCAAGAUCUCCCAUUGAUUCAGAAGAACUCCUUGAGGUGACAACUGGAGACACUUGGGCUGUUGGGGGAGCAGAUUCAGAGCUGGCUGUGGCUACAACAGGAGCAGAGCCUGCAGAGACCACAGUGGAGGCUGGUGGGGAAGAGCAUUCAGCCAGGGAGGAGGUGUCAGAGCCCACGGUGGGGUGGGAGAUGCUGGAGCCCACGGUGCUGACCGAAAUGGAGCAAACGGUGGAAACGCCUGUGGGGACACCCUCUCCUGCAGGCAGCUCCCCAGGCACCCAGACUACUCCUGGUAGUGAGCAGCAGCCCUCUUCUGUGUCUCUGUGGGACAGAGCUGAUGAGCCUGAGCUGGAUCCCCUUUGGAAUGACACAGAGCCAGCCACUGAGACUGCAGCAGCAGGGAGGAGCUCGUCACCCCCGCCUGGGGACGCCCGCAUGGCCAUGCUGCCCACGGAGCUGCCCUGGGACUCUGCACAGGUGAUCUGUAAAGACUGGAGCAACCUUGCAGGAAAGAACUACAUCAUCCUGAAUAUGUCGGAUAACAUUGACUGUGAGGAGUUUCGGUUGGAGAGGGGUCCCCAGCUGUUGGCACUGGUGGAGGAUGCCUUCUCCAGGCAGGCAGAGGGGCUGCAGGACCGCUGGCUCAUCUCUCUGAGCAAACCCAAUGAGAAUGACAAGCACUUGCUAAUGACACUGUCAGGGGAACAGGGUGUUAUCCCUACAAAAGAUGUUCUCAUGGCACUGGGGGAUGUUAAGAGGAGCUUAGCUGAGAUUGGUAUCCAGAACUACUCGACCACCACGAGCUGCCAGUCGCACCCUAACCAGACGCGCAGUGAUUAUGGGAAGCUCUUUGUGGUGUUGGUGAUCAUCGGCUCCAUCUGUGCCAUCAUCAUCGUCCUGGGGCUCAUCUACAACUGCUGGCAGAGACGCCUGCCCAAGAUGAAGAACAUGUCCCACGGUGAGGAGCUGCGCUUUGUUGAGAACGGCUGCCAUGACAACCCCACCCUGGACGUGGCCAGUGACAGCCAGUCGGAAAUGCAGGAGAAGAAGCCGAGCGUGAACGGGGGGAACACCAUCAAUGGCCCCGACAGCUGGGAUGUCCUGAUCAAUAAGCAGGCCAGCGAGGAUGUGGAUGUGUUUGAGGAAGACACGCAUCUUUAGAAAAAGAAAGGAGGGAACCACCCUCUUAAACACACUUGUUUUUCUCCUAUCUUGACUGAUGGACCAUGGGAUCAGGUGGCUUCUCAGGAACUUCAUAAAACCUUUGAACGUGUCUUUGGGCAAGUUUUCCCUAUGGAAGUCCUGAGCCUGCAUCUGAGGCUUGGAGCCAGGAGGAUCACGGAACAGAGGGAAGCGGGAGGGGUGGGUUUAUAGAUCUGUGUGUGUGUGUUCCUAUCAGUAGCACCAAUGCUUUCAUCACCUUUAAAUGCACUUACUGUAGCUCUGUGGUAGUGGCUGAGACUGUCUGGAUUGGAGAAACAAGCUGGUGGGGCUGCCUGCCACCAAGAGUCCAGAUUUGGGGAGUAAAUUCACUUUCCAAAUACUGACCUUGAGACCACAUUCAGUCCAUGCAGGUGCAGUAAAACCUGUGCAUUCUGGAUGGAGGGGAGCCAAGAUUCUGUCAAUGUUCUGGGCAGAGUUUACAUUCCCCAUGUGAAAAACAGGUUUUUUAGUGCUCUAGCAUUCAGCUACUAAUUGUAUGAGAGCUGAUGUUUACAUUUGGGGAAAAUACCCCUCCCACCACUCCCUGCUGUCAUCUCAUUUCACCCCUGGUACCACUAACAGCCCCACUCCUUUUUUCAGCUCCACAACUCCAAGCUGAGCUUGCAAAGUUUGAGCACUUUACCCUUGCUUGACCAAUUGCAGAGAAUUCAGUGCCAUGGUGCAGCAUUUUAGAUGAAAAUGUGCUUUAGGUUGGAGCGUUGCUCAAAAAUGGUGUUUACAUGCCUCUUUCACAAUAGCCUGGGAAAUCAGCAGGAAAAUAUCCCUUGUCUUGUGUAAGUUUAAACUGACUGGCCUUUUCCACUCGAGUUCUAUUUCACAGGUUAGUUUCAUUUCAGUUGGUCAUUUUGCAGUAAAUAUAAAGACUAUGUGAAACUUUUAAAAUAGGGAAACAAGUAAUGUUCUCAUCCUUUUGUUUCAAUUUCAGCAUCUUGCCCUGAGGGAAGGGUGGAAAUGUUUAAUACCCCACAGGUAUAAAUUGGGGUAACAUCUUUAAAAUCACUGCAUUUAAACAAUGUAAGAACCAGUUCUGAUGAGAUGGGAAUCGGAUGUAAGAGCUCCCCAAUGGAUGUUUCUCAGGCAUGCCUCAGGCAACUUUGAGGCUCCAGCUCCCUGAAGAUGUGUGCUGAAGGCACGUGAAUGUGUGUAACUGUUCUCUGAGCCCUGCCUAAACUACUGUCAAGCCUGAAAUCCCAGAACAUUUGUUUCUUCUGUCAGUGAGGGACUGAGGGACUUGCUUCGGUCAGAGGCAGAACUUCUCUCCCUAGUGGUGGUGAUCUGCAUGCUUGCUUCCUGCGAGAUGCAGCUUCACACUUGGUCUUGAAGGGAACCUUUGUACACAGAGGCCCCAGAUGUGCAGCCUGUAAAUCUGUCACUGUAGGUAUAGAGACCUCUAGCAUGUUCCCCCGGUGGGUGUGCCUCAAGUCAAGGUGCCAGAGUCUGUUGUUGCAGUUUGUGUAGCGCUUUGCAUGCAAACUGCAUCACAGAUCACCUCGAUGGCAGACCACUCUGAUACCAGUUUAUUAAGGAUUCAAGAAAGGUGAUAACCUUUGAUUUCCUAUCCAGAUUCCAAUUUUCAGUGGUUUUAGCCUGCCUCCAUUCCUGGUGUUUUGUAGCACACAGUGAUCAUCAGCUCUUUUUGUACCUUGGUAGGGUUGCAGAGAUGCUCAGAGUUCCUUCUCCUGCCCCAGCAGUUGGUAGUGGGGGACAGUCCAUGGAUGCAGACAGCCAUACAUGGCCCUGUCUGACCACCCCUUCCUGGGUGGCUCCUGCUGAGUUUGAUGGGUCUGUGCAGUAAAACUGCACAAGUCCAUUGGCUGUGUUGAAGGCACUUUGGGGCUCAAAGGAUUAAAUGCAAGUUGUUGUUAUGGUGAGUAAAUUAAAGCAUGGAGUUAAAAUUUGAGGUUUUAUAGCACUUAGCAUAAUGGGCCCUGGCAUGCCCGUGGCCUUUAGGCAGCUGCACCGUGUAAGUCUUUCCAAGUCCAAUAAUCCUCCUCAAAUAUGUUUUGAAUGCCCAGUGGCUGUUAAAAAGAUAAUGCCACCAAUCAGAUGUGAAUCAUUUCACCCACAAAUGGCUUCCUUGGUGCAUAUCCCUGCUAAGAGCUACUUUGCUGCCCUGUUUUCUCUCCACUAUCCUAAUUCAGAGAAACAACAAGGCACUGAUAAAGCAAUGCUUCUGGCUGGGCUCAGCACCUCCCAAUCUCGUGUAAAGUCUUCAAACUUUAAAGAAACCAAGGGGUUAUGUGGGUUUAAUAAUCAGCUAGCAAGUUCUCCUAAUUUCUCUUUUGGCCUCUCAUGGCCUGGAGGAUUUUCCAGAGAUGCUCUUCUCUGUCUGGAGUAUCCAGGUAAUCUGAGAGACACUUUAAGGGUGGCUGUUGAGGCUGAGGACAUUUUUCUGCUGUCUCUUACAGGGUGCACCUGGCUGUAUGAUCCCAGUUUAGCUUCAGAAAUCUACUGGUUGGUAGAAUUUCACUUUAGUCUGGUGGUACUUUUUAUCCUCUUACAGUUUGUUUUUUCUCUGUAUCAUUUUUUGCACUAGGCUGAUCUUGUCAAGUCGAUUGCACUGUUGUCCCUCUCCUGCCAGCCCUGCAGAGAUGGGUCAUCUCUGGGGACCUGCAGGCUGGGAAGCACUGUAGAGAGGCUCUCGGUAGCCCACUUAACUCUGUCCAGUGCUUGCAUUUCCAGCUCUGCACAGGGAGGAUGUAAAGAGGAAGAAAACCUUUGUCUUAGCAUUUGUAACAGGAAGCUUUUCUAUCACCCUAAUGUAGUUAAACUUCUUUUUAAUAAAAACUGUGAAAGCUGGACUUCUCAGAGCAGUGUGCCAGGUGACAGAGCAGAUGGAGGAGACAAAGCAAUUCCUGGAAAACUUAUUCAGACAUCACCAUAAUUCCAUCUACCAAAUGCUUGGUCACACUGACACCUGGUGGCGGUUGGGAUUGGAAACGAAAACUUAAAAAAAAAAAAAAAAAGAAAAAAGAAGAGAACUUUUCUCUUAGCUUUGGGUAUUUGUUUCCUGUGACUUGCCUAGGAUAACCUGCUUUAUUCACGAGGGGCUGCAGGACUCGACUGUGAGCAGAGAGGCUUGUACCGGGCAUGUCAAGGAUGGUUUGUGUGAGGACAUCCUUGUCUGCAAAGUAGUGAGAUGGGACAUUCCUUGGAGUCACCAGUAUAGAGGCCCUGGGUAGCAACACAGGGUCUCAGCUCCAUCUUCCUGCUUUGUGUGCCACUUGCUCCCUCUGCUCCUUGGGACCACAGCUAGAAUGCAGAGACUCUGCCCUGGAAUAGAGGUGGUUCUUCAGAGAGAGCAUCGGGUGCUGUUGUGAGGAGUGCAGUGCCUCGGGGAGCACUGGCAAUAGCAUCGUCUGGAUGCACGGCCAAGAACAGAGAGGCUCUCCAUCUCUGGAGGAUCACAGCCAGGUGGGAUCUGGGAUGGCCAAGCUGCAGAUUACUCCAAGGUGUCACUCAGAGAUCUGGAACUGUGCCUGUAACAUGGAGUCUAACAUCUCCUGGGACUCUGCACCCUGCACACCGCCUUGGGGUGUGUAGAGUGGAAAGAAACAAUGAGGAGUGACCCAGUAAUUGUGCUGUGAAGGAUGUAAUGCAGCUUGAGGAUACAGUUCAAGAGACACUUUAAGGAUCCCUCUGGCAGAGGAUAUGGUGUGAAAUGAAGGAACAUUAUCCUAAGGACUAUUGCAGCAUUACCUUAGAGCAUUGCAGCAGGGUCCCACUGCAGCCACUGCCAUCAGCAACUUGUCUGUUCCCAUCUGCCUUUGCAGCCAUGCAGGAGCACAUCUGUCCUUCUCAGCAGGUUUGGGACAGCUCCAACAGUCAGACACAACAAGCACCUUCAUCUGUGCUGGCUCAUGAGAGCCUCAUGGGCCCAUCUAAGCUGACAGCCAGGCUUUGAGCCGUUCUCAACACCUUCAUUCCUGCUGGACACAAACUGCAAGCCCUGGCAGCUGCUCAGGAUUGCUGCGGAGAACACUUAGAAACACUUGUGUCUGGCCCUGGAAAUAGCAGGGUUGUGGUUUUGUUUUCUUUGCAAUAAAACACACCUUCUGGGUGUCUGAACACUGA